AUGCAGAGUCGGGCCGAAGUGGUUGCAAGCUCGGAUGCGGCGCGUAGAGAGAGCGCCGUGCCGGAAAAUACGGAUUAUGGACGUGUUCGGAAGAUCAUGCGUAUGGAUGAGCAGAUCCCUUUGUUCUGGCAUCCCCUGCGCACUGCCGGUGUGCUUUUAUGGGCCGUCAUGCCGUUUGCAUUCAUGGGUUUCUUCUUCGUGUUGUGCACGAUUCGUAUGUUAUGGGUAGUUAUUAUCCCCUAUCUGCUGUGGAUUUUGAUGAUUGACGACGCACCGAAUAUCGGGAAGAGACGAUUGCAAUGGCUGCGGUCCAGUGCGCCAUUCCGCUGGAUGCGAUCCUACUUCCCGAUUUCUUUGGUAAAGUCGGUCGAUUUGGAUCCGAAUCGCAGCUACCUGUUUGCCUACCAUCCGCAUGGGAUUAUCGGGUUCGGCGCUGUGACUUCGUUCGCCACAGAAGCCUGCGGGUUCGGCAAGAUGUUUCCGGGCAUCACGAUGCAUGUGCUCACCCUUGCAUCCAAUUUUAAUAUGCCGCUGUACCGCGAGAUUUUACUCGGAUUGGGAUUCUGCUCUGUGGCCAAGGUAGCGUGCGAAAGAAUCUUGCGGAAAGGGCCCGGGAACGCCAUUUUAAUUGUCGUCGGCGGCGCACAAGAAAGUUUGAAUUCGCGUCCGGGAGAGCUGAACCUGACACUGAAGCGCCGCUUUGGUUUUGUUCGUGUCGCGAUACGAACUGGGUACGUACCGCACCAUGCUCACCACAGCUCCGACCUCGUUCCCGUCCUAGCCUUUGGCGAGAAUGAUAUUUACAUGCAGGCCGAGAACAACAGCGGAAGCUGGCUCUACUGGUUUCAACAGAAAUUCAAAUCUAUUUUCAUGUUCACCAUUCCCCUUAUUGUCGGUCGCGGUGUGAUGCCGCAGCACUAUGGAAUCUUCCCCUAUAUGCGACCCAUCCAUGUUGUGGUCGGAAGGCCCAUCCAGGUACCGCAUUUGGCAAACCCAAAGAAUGAAGUUGUUGCCGAGGUGCACGCGCAAUAUAUACGUGCGCUACAAGGCCUCUACGACGAGUACAAAGACAUCUACGCUGCCGACCGCAUCUCGGAGCUGCGCUUUUCGGAAUAG